CCGGUAAAACAGACGGCUCCAGCAUCCCCUUAAUGUAUUAUUUCAGAUUACAUAUUGCUAGCAGAAAUGUUAACUCAGGCACCGUAUACAGUUUCCUUUACGUCAUAUUCAAACAAUACACUGGAUGAGUAUAUGAAAAAACGAGCGCAGGAGCGAUUUGAUAAAAUAACGGCUGCAUUGAAAGCAAUGCCUAAGAGUAUGAUGCUAGUAAUUAGAAACUUGAAUAUGGUGCGUGCCAUUAUUAAGGAUCACGGAGAUAUUAUCAAUCGAUAUAGGAUAAUGGCAAGAAUUGCAACUCGUGGAAAGUACCAAGUUACAAAACAAACAUUUUAUAAAAAUAUCAAAGGCAUUUACAGCAUUGUAAAAUUUGAAAUUCGUAUCUUCUGUAACAAUCUCCUACAAUGGAUACCUAAAGUUUACCUAACUCUCUUAAAACUAUUUGGUUACGAUAUUGCACCAAUUCUGCAAACGCUGUAACUAGAGAUAAAACAUAUAAACAUACAUAAUGCAUAAUAUAAUAUUAGUUAAUGAAUAAUACUAUACUAUAUCAUUUGUAAUAUGAUUAUAUGUAUUAUGUUGUUAGAUUAUAAAAUAUAUAAAUAUUGCACUGUACAGAUAUGAUACAUUCCUAAAUGUGCUGAAAAUUUUGUAGCAUAUUUUGUAAUAUAAAUUACAGAUUUUAAUACAGUACGUUUCGAAACGCACCUGUAAUUAAGAUUUUUGGUCAUAUUAUGUGUAAUAUAACACUAAAUUAAAAUAAUAAAGUCAGUAAGUAAUAAAUGUAGUCAAAAUAAUCACAAAAGUCUAUCGUUUUCGAUUUAUGACAGAAGUUUAAAAUUUUUAUUACUUAAUUUUUGAAAUUUCUAAAGAAAUGUAUUGCAAACAAAACAUGAAGUAUGUUUAUUUUUUUAAUUCUAUAUAAACAUAUAGAUCAAGUAAAUAUUUAUACUUUGUAAUCUUGUAAUGUGACCGACUUUGUGUACCUCCUGUAAAUUAAAUAAUAAUUUUUAUAUUUAAACUCGCAAUGUGUCCAAAUUGUCCAAAGAAAUGUCGAAUAUCUUAAAUAAAAAAUGUUUUCCUAUAUAUUGGUUAGCUCUUUAUUGUAUUUAUAUUAUACAUAUUUGUUAAAGGAUCUUUUAUCAAAUUCUUUGAGAGAAUUUGAAGAAACAUACGAAAAGGUCCGAGACUUUAUAUAUAUAUUGUCCAGUAAAUAUAAUUAAAUAAAUUAUUAUUUGAAGAGAAAAGCUGUCUUGUCAAAAAUGUCUUAAAGAUUUUCAAAAUUGUAUAAUUUGCAAAUUUAUGAUUAAUUUUGCAAAAGCUUGUUCUGGACUUGAUUAUUGUAUAUACAAGAAAAUAUAUAAUACAUUAUUGCUUAAAGACCUCCGCACAAUGAAAAAUAUAAAGAACAAGAAACAAAUAUUAGUGAUUAGGACUAAAGAAUCAAGAAUAAAGUUUGAUGCAUGAUGAAAAAUACAGGUAACAGAAACGGAAUAACACAGGCAAUAGAUUUUUAACCUAUCGGAAGUCAUGUAUUAA